AUGGAAGAACUUGACAACUUGCCCAUUGAAAACUGGACUGAGUCUAUGGUGAGCACCUGGUUGAGUUCCAUUGGAGUGAAAGAACAGUACAUUAAAAAACUUCAUGAUGAAGAGGUUGAUGGGCGAAUCCUUCUGGAACUCACUGAAGAAUUUUUGAAAAGAGAGACUGGAAUGAAAUCUGGGCCUGCUCUUUUAAUCAUUAAUAAAAGAAAUGAGUUAGUAAGCACAGUCCAAAAGAAGAAGAAAGCACAAAAUCGACAAGAAAUUUUAAACAAAGAACCAUCUGAAAGUAGUGACUGUGGAGCAAGUAGUCAGGAUUUAGGAAAAAAGUGUCUCAAAGAAGGAGUCAACAAAGACCAGUGUGCAAAUGUCUUGACCACAAAGAAAGACUGUAAGCCACGGCCAUUUGGAAAAGAGGGCAUUGAUUUCACGUAUUUCAAGCACAAUGUGUUGCAACCUGAGUCAGGAAUUAUUGAUUUUAUAACUCCUUGUCAUGAGUACAAGUCGUUUGCUAUUGCUGCAACAUUAGACCGCCAAAGGCUACAAGCAAAAUUUGCUAAAGAAGUCCUCAAAUUUGCCGCUGGUUGUAUGAACGUCCGAUCAAAUGGCACAAUACACUUUGGUGUGAUGGAUAGCAGAGAUGAUACUGGCUAUGUACACGGUGAAAUUAUUGGUAUUCCUGUUAUGGAAAAAGAUAUCUAUGUUGAUGCACUGGAUCACAUAGAAAGGAGUUUCUCUGGUUCUGACAGCGAGCAUGUACGACAGUGUGUGCGCCCACCUCAGUUUAUAGAGGUGGCUGACCUAAAUGCCACCACGACGUCUUAUGUUGUAGAGGUUGACAUUGUGCCUGCAGUAAGCAUUGUGAAGAAUCGGGUUUAUUCUGUCCGUCUACCUAACUUUAAAGAGAAGUCAAACAAGAUUGAACAUGAAAAGGAGACAAUCUAUCGAAGGGUUGGUUCCAAAACAGAACCAGUGAGUGAUCACAAUGAGUUCUACCAGCGAGUCGGCGACAGGGAUACACAAAGAGAAGCAGCAGAACAGUCCAGUGCUUUCAGAUCUCCAGGUCUGUGUCCAGACCUUGGAAGGAAACUCACAAUGCUUGUUACAAGUGGCAAAAAACUAAUUGAAAAGGAAAAAUGGUACAUACUUGUCACAAACAAAUUUCAAAAGGAAGAUUUGACCAGCAUUGACUUUUUAUUAAACUUGAAGAUCUUCUGUGUAUUUGACUUUGACCCAAAUUCAAAGUCAUCUGGAUUGUGUCAUGAAUACCUUCAACACCAUGCAGCAAACCUGCAUUUCAUGCAGAAUUACCAAAUUCCAAAUGGCAUGAGUGUCAGAGAUUUUGAGAGUCACCUUCAUUUGUUUGAACAAACCAGCUGGAUAUUUUGCAAUGGACGGAGUGAUUUCAAAGGCAAUGAAAGUUACUGUGAUGAAAUGACAUGGAUCCAAACCAAAACCACUCUCCUCAGGGACUGUGUGUCACUGAUCUGCAAGCAGAUCUUGCCAAAAGGGACCUUCCAAGUGAUCUUCUUGCUUACUUCUCCUGUUGACAAACCUAUCCUGCACACAUUCUAUGAGUUCUUCACUGAUAUGGAAGGUCAUGAAGAUAUCAUCUGCAUUUCAGAAUCUGAAGAGAACUUCCAAAAGUGGCAAAGCUUUGCUGAGGGCUCAUGUACCACUGAAAUAAUCAACCGUUCCAGUAUAGUUGGAAUGAAGAUGAGCCAUGUAAAUGCAACACUUCAGAGAAUCCAGCCUGUCACCACCCGGACCUCCAAACACCUGCCUGUCUUUGUUAAGGGAGAAUGCCGUUUUGAGAAACGUGAGGAGGAAAGGAUGUAUUCCUUGGAGAUCAUAAGUACUGACCACUGUGAUGAAACCAGUCCUGAGUUCAUUGAGAAUGAAAAAGAAAACAUCGAGAAACAUUUUUACCAUGGAGGAAAAGUGAGCUGGUUAAAUCUAUGGCUUGCAGAGAAGAAGUUUGCUGAAGAAAUUAUAAAAAGAGAGGCAUACCAAGAGGUCUCCAAACUCCUGAACAAUGUUGUGAAAAGUAAUGUAGACCAGUUAUCAGUUAGCAAUAUCAACAUAUACCACCAUCCUGGCAGUGGUGGCAGCACUGUUGCUAGACAGGUACUGUGGGACAACAGAAAGGAUUUAAGAUGUGCAGUUGUGAAACCAUCUUAUACUCCUACUAUUGUGGCAGAGCAUGCAGUUCAGUUGCGAGAGUAUGAAGAAAAAGACCCUCAGAAAUGUCUCCCCGUUCUCCUGCUGGUGGAGGACUCUGACAAGGAAUAUUUGGACGACUUGAGAAAUGAAUUAGAAGUUGCUGUAAACACCAAGAAGAUUGUACAAGGAACUCUAUGUUUCAUUUUGCUUAGUUGCAGACGAUCACACAAUCCAGAAAAAAUGAGCAAGGAGUCACCUUUACAGAACGUUUCCGUGACGCACAAACUUUCCCCAGAGGAGAAGAGGCAAUUUGCAGGAAAACGGAAGAAGCUUGAGCAACAGUAUCAACCAGAGUUCAUCUUGACGUUUGUUCUGAUGAGUGAAGAAUUUGAACAUCAGAAAAUUGCAGAAUACGUUGAGCAGUUUGUAAGACAUUUACUCCAAGGUAUUGAUCAUGAUUCUGUUGUCACCCGCCUCAUUCGUUACGUGGCAUUGCUCAAUACGUAUGUGCAGAAUUCCUUCCUUUCUCAGUCGCAUUGUGAAGCCUUGAUGGAACUACCCCUCCGCCUGUCUAGAUUUCGACAGCAUGCCUUUGAGGGAGCACUCAGUGAACACGCCAGGUUAGUCUUCAUACAUUUGAGAGAUGAAAGAACCUACAUUGAAUCCAUUAGAAUUAUUCACCCCUUAGUUGCAAAAGAAAUUCUUCAUCAGCUCUUAGGAAAAGAGCAGCAACACAGUCUAGCUAUGGCUCUUCUCCGUGAAAAUGUGCUAUUUGAGCACAGAUUUGGCAAAGAGGAUUACAUGAGGUUCUUGCGUGACUUGUUCAUGAGAAGAUGCAGAAUAAGCAAAGGUGAUGAAUCGGACAGUUUUUUCUCUCCCCUCAUUGAACAUGUUAGAGAGAAAGAGAGUCCAGAAAAAGCAAUAGAGCUUCUGAAGGAGGCACACAAACGAUUCAACAAGGAUGCCUUUUUUGCUCAACAACUUGCUCGUUUAAAUUACAAGUAUGAUAAAUUUGAAGAAGCAGAAUAUUGGGCAGAUAUCGCAGCAACAAAAAUGCCACAGAACUCCUACAUCCUAGACACCAAGGGUCAGGUAUAUAGGAGAUGGUUCCAAGCAAAAUGCAAAGCCUUGGAAAAAGUUUCCAAGACAGCAGAGAACACAGCAGGUGCUGUUGAAACAGCUCUCAAAGCUAUAGAGUGCUUCCAAGCAUGUGAAAAAGCAGCAGUUUCAGACAAAGAGACAAUGAACAACUCUGGAUUUUUCGGAGAAGUAGACGUAGGAUCUAACUUGUUAAAACUCAUUUCUUCACUGCAAGUGUUCUCAAACAGGCAUCCUGACUGCCUGAAAUACCUGCUCACUGACUACAUCCCAAAGGGGGUUCAGCAGCCAUGGGAAAAUUUCCAUUGCAAAUUGAAAAACCUUAAAAAUACAAUGCAUGUAGCCUUAGAGUGGAUAUCAGAGGACUUGAGUUAUUUCCAGACGGACCUGAAUGCAGAUGAGGAUGAGGUAGCUGAGAGUUGUGAGAUGACAAUAAGCAAUCCCAGACAUUGGCUUGUCACCAAGACCUCUGUAUAUGGAAAGUAUUUCAGUGAUGCCUGUCUCAGCACUGUCAAAUCCACAUCCAACCUAACACCUUUCAUGAAACGCAUGACAAUUCAUCGCCUCGGUGGAGGAAAUAUCACAUCAAUCUUCUCCCUGCUCACUGACCAGAAAGAUAAAGACCAAGCACUCAAAGUACUUAAGGAGAUUAUAUCAUUGUAUCCAAGUGACCCAGUGAAAGCUAAAUUGGAUCAGAUGGAUCUGGUCAAUUACAUAGCAUCUCACAUUGCACUAAGCUGCCUUUCAACUCAGUCGCCUGAACCGGUCGCUCUCAAAGAUCUGCAGAGACUUAGCCGUCAGUUUCCAAAAGAGAAGCAACAUUGCCUGUCAAGUGCCCUGUUCCUUCUCACCUUGCUAUUUUGGCCAGAAGAGAAUGACUCUGAGGAGGAAAAAGAGAGCAAAUAUGAAAUUGUUCUGUCUGCUGUUGAAUUCCUCAAACGCAGUUACUGGACCAAAAUGAAGGAUAUCCCUCAGAGGAAGAGACGGAUAUACACCCAUUUUUUCCUUGGUAAUGGAGCUGGAUUGGACAAAUUUGUCCACAAGAGCAAGAUGGAGACAAUGGCCAAGCUCCCCUCACUGUCAGAGAAACGAAUGAAGUGGUUCCGUGGGGAGGUAUGGAAGAUGCCACAAAUUGCAAAGCUACUCAAACCUGUUGCAGGUUGGACAGAAGAUGGGACAGUGUACCUUGAGGGCCCUCAGAGGAAGAAGUUCUACAUUCCUGCACUCUACUCACCCUCUGUACCCUUUGGCAAUGAAAAUAUCUUAUUCUACCUGGGUUUCACAUACAGAGGACCUGUGGCAUACAAUAUCACUGUAAAAAAGUAA